GGUACUCGCUCGCUCGGCGGCUGGUCUCGGACUCCGAGGAGGCGGAGGCGGAGGAGGAGGCGGUGGCUCUCGACUGGGGGUUGGUUGGGAGGGCGGGUGGGGGGUGGUGGGAAAUUUGCUCCUCUUCGGGCUUGAUCGUGGGGCCCGCCCCCUUUCCCCCCACCCACCCUGCCCCGGUGUUUGGAGUUUGUGGCCCGGAGGCUCGGACCCGGGGAUCAGCGGCGAACCCUUAACCUUGAGGAGAAAGAGAAGGAAGAAGGCAGAGACCGGGGCCGAGGCGGGGGGCGGACUCGGACGGGCUGUGGCGGAUCCUUUUCCCCCCACCCGGUCGUAGGCAGGAGAUGUCGAACCCCGGGACUCGGAGAAACGGCUCCAGCAUCAAGAUCCGGCUGACAGUACUUUGUGCCAAGAACCUUGCAAAGAAAGACUUCUUCAGACUUCCUGACCCCUUUGCAAAAAUAGUGGUUGAUGGGUCUGGUCAAUGCCAUUCAACUGAUACAGUGAAAAACACAUUGGAUCCUAAGUGGAAUCAGCAUUAUGAUCUAUAUGUUGGAAAAACCGAUUCGAUAACCAUUAGUGUGUGGAACCACAAGAAAAUCCACAAGAAACAGGGAGCUGGCUUCCUGGGGUGUGUGCGUCUCCUCUCCAAUGCCAUCAGCAGAUUAAAAGAUACUGGAUAUCAGCGUUUGGAUCUAUGCAAACUAAAUCCCACAGAUACUGAUGCAGUUCGUGGCCAAAUAGUGGUCAGUUUACAGACACGAGACAGAAUAGGCACUGGAGGCUCUGUUGUGGACUGCAGAGGACUCUUAGAAAAUGAAGGAACGGUUUAUGAAGACUCAGGUCCUGGAAGGCCACUUAGCUGCUUUAUGGAGGAACCAGCCCCAUAUACAGACAGUACUGGUGCUGCAGGUGGAGGAAAUUGCAGAUUUGUGGAAUCUCCAAGUCAGGAUCAAAGACUUCAGGCACAGAGACUUCGAAAUCCUGAGGUCCGAGGUCAUAUCCAGACCCCUCAAAAUCGACCACAUGGCCACCAAUCCCCUGAUCUACCUGAAGGCUAUGAACAAAGAACGACAGUCCAAGGACAAGUUUACUUUUUGCACACACAGACUGGCGUGAGCACAUGGCAUGACCCUAGAAUACCAAGAGACCUUAACAGUGUGAAUUGUGAUGAACUUGGGCCUUUACCACCAGGCUGGGAAGUUAGAAGUACAGUUUCUGGGAGAAUAUAUUUUGUAGAUCAUAAUAACCGAACAACCCAGUUCACGGAUCCAAGAUUGCAUCAUAUUAUGAAUCACCAAUGCCAACUAAAGGAACCCAGCCAGCCUUUGUCAGUGCCGAAUGAAGGAUCAUUAGAAGAUGAAGAGCUUCCUGCCCAGAGAUAUGAGAGAGAUUUAGUACAGAAAUUAAAAGUCCUUAGACAUGAACUUUCUCUUCAGCAGCCCCAAGCUGGGCAUUGUCGCAUAGAAGUAUCCAGAGAAGAAAUAUUUGAGGAGUCUUACCGUCAGAUAAUGAAGAUGAGACCAAAAGACUUAAAAAAGAGGUUAAUGGUGAAAUUCCGUGGUGAAGAAGGCCUGGAUUAUGGUGGAGUGGCCCGGGAGUGGCUCUAUUUACUGUGCCAUGAAAUGCUGAAUCCAUAUUAUGGACUUUUCCAGUAUUCUACAGAUAAUAUUUACAUGCUGCAAAUCAAUCCAGACUCUUCAAUCAACCCUGAUCAUUUGUCUUAUUUUCACUUUGUUGGUCGGAUAAUGGGUCUGGCUGUGUUCCAUGGACACUACAUCAAUGGAGGUUUCACAGUUCCUUUCUACAAACAGCUGCUGGGGAAACCCAUUCAGCUAUCGGAUUUGGAAUCAGUUGACCCAGAACUACAUAAAAGCUUAGUUUGGAUUUUAGAGAAUGACAUCACUCCUGUGUUGGAUCAUACUUUCUGCGUAGAACAUAAUGCUUUUGGGCGGAUUCUUCAACAUGAGCUCAAACCAAAUGGUAGAAAUGUUCCUGUUACAGAGGAGAACAAGAAAGAAUAUGUCCGGUUGUAUGUAAAUUGGAGGUUUAUGAGAGGAAUCGAAGCUCAGUUCCUAGCACUUCAAAAAGGAUUUAAUGAACUCAUCCCUCAACACUUACUAAAACCUUUUGAUCAGAAGGAGCUUGAGCUCAUAAUAGGAGGCCUGGAUAAAAUAGACCUGAAUGAUUGGAAGUCAAAUACCCGUCUCAAGCACUGCAUGGCAGAUAGCAAUAUCGUAAAGUGGUUCUGGCAGGCAGUAGAGACUUUUGACGAAGAAAGAAGAGCCAGGUUGUUGCAAUUUGUGACUGGUUCAACACGAGUUCCUCUCCAAGGCUUCAAGGCUUUGCAAGGUUCUACAGGCGCUGCAGGACCCAGGCUAUUUACCAUCCACUUGAUAGAUGCAAAUACAGACAACCUUCCUAAGGCCCACACCUGCUUUAAUCGGAUUGACAUUCCGCCUUAUGAGUCUUAUGAGAAGCUUUAUGAGAAGCUGCUGACGGCUGUGGAAGAGACAUGUGGGUUUGCAGUGGAGUGAAGAGGAGACCAAAGGAAAUGGAUAUGAGCUCAUGGACCCGUGAUGAAAAGCUUAGAAGCUUUCUGUGGGCCUCCUGCUAGGCUGGCUGAGGCAUUGGAAUACUAGACAGCCCUGGGGAAAGGGUUGUCUUCCCUCCUUUUUGGGGGGGAGGGACUUUUAUCGGUGGCUCCUACCCAUAUUUUCCUCCUUUAUUACAAUACCUUCUCCCCCCUUCCAUCACCCAUCCAAUAAAAUACAGCCAAGUUCAACAUUUGGCUUUGGUUACACAGGAUAUUCUGCUAGACAUGUAACACAUAUUGUGAUAGGGUCAGUGACCUGUGGUCUUUUAUAGGAGCAUCAACCUACAGUUAGGUAAUGGAGCUUGGUUUAACUGAGGACUUGCAGCUGGUAGAUGUAAUCAGCUGUUCUGUCUCAAAGUCCCCUUGAGGUCCCCUUUGAGUUCAGUAGCUGCAGGAUAUCUUACCAGAGCUGAAAUUCCAAAUUGCACACCGUAGCAGGCCGUUAUGAAAGGAUAACCAAUUAAUUUCUAACAGAAAAUAAACUGCAUAGUAUAUGCAUAUUGAAUGGCAGAAACAUCUGAAACUCUGCCGUAGCCAGAAGCUCUAGGUAAGAAGAGUGGUUCACCUUGGGAAGGACAAAGGAUUCCAGGCAGCUUUUUCUGAAAGGCUCGGAGGAGUUCCUUUGGGGGUACUUAUUAAAACUUUUUGCACAUGGGAACAAUUUUUUUUCUUCUAAAGAGGGCCUUGUCCCUUCUGUCUGUCCAGUUUCAAAUGUUUUUCCAGUAAAAACACCACCUAGUGGAGCCUGUAUGAGGAACAGACCACGUAUCCAACCUAACCAAUCAAUCCCCAAUCUGUGAUUUCCAUGCCACCAUUUUACCUGAAAGAGCAACCAUUGUAUGACUUGAAAUUGUAACAGAUUUUUUUUUUUUGAGGAAAUUGCUAAAAACUAAACUGUGGAACAAAAUUCUGUUCUUAAAAGUCAUUGGCCUUUUGAAAAGCAGCUUGGAAGGGAGUGGGAAAAGGAGAUAACCACAGUGAUUAUGUCAAUAUGAUAUAAAAAUUAUAGCAAAGAUCCAAAGCUGUCUGAGGGGAGGUGAUUUCACAAUGCUAUAUCUGUCUGUUCUCCCAGUGUUUUAAGCUUAUGUUAAAGUUGAAACUUGGUUCACUUGCCAAGAUGACUUCCCAAAAAGAGGAGGAACGGUGCAAGUUCAGGCUGUAAGUCAUUAGCAGUUUUUCCAAUUUGCACAAAAGAUCAAACAGUAUUUUAACCAAAAUGGCAUGAUUUCAGAAAGUUAAAAUUUCAGUAAAAAAACAACAAAUUUGAUUGUUUAGGGUAUUUUUAUUUUAUUUUAUUUUGGCAAGUCCAAUUUAAUUCAUUAGCAAGACAUUUAGCAGCUGUUCAGCAUAUGGAUUAAAGCUUUGUGAUUCAAAUGUAGCUCUAAUAUGAAUUAGAAAACACCUUCUGGGAUAUUUUAUUUUAUCUUUUUUUUUCCUUUAAAAAUAAAAUGGUGUUGAUAUGACCAGUAGCUUUAAACUGCUAUGCAACAGUUCAUAAACUCUGAUAAGCAGUCUGUUCUUCCAAAUCCUGAUAUAUUUUUUCUGUUGACUUUCUCUUUGAGCAUAUUGUGAAUUAAUGUAGAAUGGAAAGAACUCUGAUAUGAAAGCAUAAUCUCUUUUGAAAAUUUAGUGUGCACAAUUUGACAAGAAUUACUUCAGCAGGAUUUGGAUAGUUGCUCCCUUCUGACAGAUUCUAGGACUUUAGUGGCACUUUUGGACCAUCAAGAUUCUUCAGAAUUAGAAAAGAUACUGCUUCAAAUUACUGUAAUAAGAAGAUUUGAUAAACUAUUCCAAAUUUCUGGCCUUUGGAAUUCUCUUAGGUUCUUGAAUUUUUAAAAAUCUUGUUUUUCGGAAUUGUAGUCUAAUUGGUUUUGGCUUUUGGUCCCAUUAAGCAUGACUACUUCUGGUUGCCUCCUGGAAGUUCUGUCCAAAUAAUCACAUGAAAGUUUUUGUUAUGAUUCUUCUUUUUUGAAAAUUGAAGAUAAAAGAUUUUAUCCAAGGGAUUUGUGGCAACCACAAAAAUUAUAUGAUACAUUUUCCAUUAUUUCCCAACCAUUACCCAGAAUCUGUAUUAGUUCAGAAACUAAAGGCAGAUGUUUUGAAAGGCUUUUAAACUUGUUGUUUGAUUUGACAGCCUUUAAAACUACCUCCUCUGUGUCAGCAACAAUGAGUAGAGAGAACCACCCUAUUAAAAUUAUGUAACCAGUCUAAUAACUUUUAAAGAAUGUUCAGGAAGGCCUGAGUAGUCAGCAUGUACAAGGCAAAUCAGAAAGCUUCCAAAAUAUAUGUGGAAGGGUGUUCUCUCUCUUCUUUUGUUUCUGCAUCAAGAUAUUGACUACACAGUCAGAUUGGCCAGCCCCAGCCUUGGGAGACUUGUGUCCAAGGUUGUUGGAGUGUCAUAUUGCCUGAAAUGAGCAGAUUUUUUCAAAGCUCCAGUUGUCUCCUUCCAGACAGUCCCAUCAUCACAAAUAACACUGCACUUCAAGAACCUUGAACAUGGAAAAUGGCUCAGUCUUUGCUGAACCUUCCCAAAGAAUAAAAUGUGGCAAGUAAACUGUAAGCAUUCCUUAUGUCUUUCCCACGGAUCCAUUUAGAAGAGAGAGGGGCACUUGUGAAAUCAUCUUGAAGCAUGAUCUUGUUUGCCUUUCCCCUCUAUGAUGCAGGACAAACUCCACCCACUCCCUCCAAUGUCCUUUUACUCCAGGGGUACAACUUUCCAGGCUUGCCUUCACAAACUGUCAUCAGCCUACACUAUACACUCAGGGAUGUAGGAAAACCACCAUUCUGCUUCUGUUUAAAAUAGGGAAGAGUAAAGGGGGCUGACUCUUCAUGUUUGGGUUGAAAGUGAACCAAUACCCGUUGAUUUCUGAAAAGCAGAAAUUAUCAGUUCUGAUGGUGAAAGUGUAAGCUUGCUUAUUUAGCAGUAUGGUCUGAAUUCAGGUUGAGGUGGUCAUGAAAUCCAUGAGAUUUCAAGUAAAGUCCUUUCUGUAGAGAAACCAUCAUCACCCUCACCUUUUGGAGCCAGUGCCCAAGUCCCUGCUGCUCCACACAGCCUCCCAGAGACACAGUAUACAUUUUUUUAAUUUGUUUAUUUUUGUUCCUCAACCACUUUAUAAUGUAUUUUUUUAAUUUAUUUUGUAAUGUCUUGUUUUUAAGUAUUGCUGCUAUCCUUGUUAUUCUUCCCACUGUUUUUAUUGCUGAUUUAUUUUGUGAAAGUUGUACACUAAUGUUUCAUUUUAUGUCUAAAUCAAAAGUAUUUAAAGAAAUACUAGUUCUAUUUAAUGUGGUUAUGGAACCAGCUGGAAAAUAAACAGUGAUUGUAUAGUAGGCUGGACCCAGGAGGUCAUGUUCAUUUUUGUUACAUAUGCAAUAAACUCACAACUUUA